CUCGUCUUGAGAUAUUCUCUUCAAGUUCCCACCGAUUAAAAGGGGAUCAACACCUCUGCGGAGCCCUGUUGAUCUUAGAGAAGACUCAUUGCCGUGUUCUUUUCCUUUUGUCGAUCGCGUUCUCUGCAACUGUUUCCUAGCAGUCAAAGCAAAUGGCCAAUGCAGCGUCUGGUAUGGCAGUCCAUGAUGACUGCAAGUUGAAGUUUUUGGAGCUUAAGACGAAAAGAACAUACCGCUUCGUAGUAUACAAGAUCGAGGAGAAGCAAAAGCAGGUUGUUGUGGAGAAGCUUGGUGAGCCUACCCAAGGCUACGAGGAUUUCGCUGCAAGCCUUCCUGCUGAUGAGUGUCGUUAUGCUGUUUACGACUUUGAUUUUUUUACUGAAGAGAAUGUCCCAAAAAGCAGGAUUUUCUUCGUUGCAUGGUCACCUGACACCUCAAGGGUGAGAAGCAAGAUGAUUUAUGCAAGUUCCAAGGAUCGAUUUAGGAGAGAGCUUGAUGGAAUUCAGAUAGAGUUGCAAGCCACUGAUCCAAGUGAGAUGGGUCUUGAUGUCUUCAAAAGCCGUGCCAACUGAAUAUGAAGUAUAGUUCUUCAGGCAGGAACUUCUUUGAUAUAGUCUACUUGGGUGAAAUGUUUAUAGUUUUUUGGAUGGUAAACUUGGAUGAUUAUGAUACUAAUGUCCAAGUUUUGCUGUUAGUUUUAAUUCAUUUUGAACAUGCAUCUGUUGUCUCUGGAAUAUCGUGUGAUUGUGAUUUGUAAAACCAAAUAUAUGGGUUCUCUGAAGCCUUUUUUCUAAAAGGUUCUAUGUAUCGGUUUGUGAAGCGUUGCAUUAGAUGCCACCUUUUCUAUCAAUUUCAAAUAUUUGGUCAGGUUACCUUGGAAUGUUGAAAGGGCA